CAGGGACCACGACUGUAUUUUACCUCAUCGCGUCGUGCUUGAUAUUAUACGCGUCUGUUGUAUCGCCUUACUGCGCAAGAUUGACUUCCACGCAUGCCUACUGUGACGAAGCGAAUCUCACCGGGAUUCCUGCAAACGUGUCAUCCACUAUUAACUACCUAUCCCUGAAGUUAAAUUUGCUUUCUCGUGUGGACAAAAUGUUUUCAAAUUUUACGUCCUUGACAACUCUGAUACUUGAUAGCAACAGGAUAAAGUCUAUCGAGGCAGGGGCUCUACCUUCUUCAAUUAACCUUCUAGAUUUAGACAGAAAUGCAUUGAAAAGACUUGAGAGGGGUAUGAUCCCUGCAAAUGUGAAAAACCUGAUGAUAAGCAACAACAACAUCAGCGAAAUUGAAAAUGGAUCUCUCCCCACGUCUUUAAGGAUACUGGAUUUAUGUAGCAAUCGACUAUCAUCUCUUCUUUAUGGAGUUUUUCCUGUGGGGAUAACUGAGUUGAAAGUUCCAUAA